CGUAAUAAGGACCAUGCGCACUUAUACUGAUAUAAUGAAAAUGGAUGCUAUUUCCGUUUAACACUUAUUCAAACUUUCUGUUAUUUACACUUUAAAGACACAACAUACGUGGAUCUUAAACGGAUUUAACUCAAAAACCAAAGCAUGGAAGCUGACACUUAAAUUCCAAGUAUAUGCCUGUGAACUACCAACCAUGCCAAAUUCUUCGAAGGUUACGACAAACAUCUCCAGUCAGGUAGACAUGAAGGCAAUCAACGAUCUAGAGAAGGAAAAGUAUCAGCCUACGUUGAUUAUUCUGGUCGUUUUGAUGAUUACUGGGUUAAUUGGUAACACCUGUGUAGCUGUGGUCUACAAACUAAAGCUCAAAAGAUCCAGUGCAAGGGUGUAUAUUAUAUCACUAGCAAUGGCGGAUGUGUCGGUGUGUACUGUUGGUAUGGCUUACCAUAUUUAUGACAUGACACAUAUUGUUGAAUAUGAGAGUGCGGUCACGUGUAAAACAUUAAGUUUUUUAAUAAGUGCAUGCACUUUGAGUUCGGUUCUAAUAUUACUUUUGGUUGGACUCGACCGUUAUUUAAAAAUAUGUCGACCUCUGAAAAGACAGAUUGUGGAUUUUGGUGCAAUAAAAGCUUGCGUCAUUGUAGUUUGCUUAGCUAUCGUGAUUUCAGUGCCAUAUACGAUUUUAUAUGGCCCUAGAUCCGUGCCAUUAAACAAAUAUGAAACAAAUACAACUGGAGUAGAAUGCUUUAUACAAGACAUAUACAGUGUAUCUAGCAAUUCGUAUUUGGGAAUUGGAUAUCUUGGAUUUAUUAUGCUUUUAUUUAUCAUUUUAGUAUUGUUCCUGAUUAUUAUUUAUAGUCGUAUUUGCCUAAAAAUACAUCGUUCUACCCGAUUUCAAAUCACAAUCCAUAAAUCCGUCGGGCGAUGCUUUUGUUGCAAAGUUGAAACAGAGCGGCUUAGAAAUGAAAACAACUGCGCUGUAAAUACUUUGCAUUGCAAUGGUUCAACAAAUGUAAAUGGUGUCAUUGAAUCUCCAUUUAAUUCAACCGAUUUAUCAAAUAUUGAGAUUACCGCUGAACGAGUUAUCGCGAACAAUCAACCACAGUCGAAGGUAACAACUGUGAGAGCAAACGAUGAUUUAAGUAUACACUCAGACAUACUGUUAGAUAUAAGUCUUAAAACAAAGCCUGAAUUAGAUUUAAACAAAAUAAAACAUGAUCAGCCAGUUGCAAGCAGUCUUACACGUCAUACAGCAAAAGGGUCAGUUGCCAGAGAGCGCAAUUCACGAAAGAUAACGAUGAUGAUGCUGACUAUCACCGUGUUUUUCAUCGUGACGUAUUUACCAUUUAUAGCCGUCUCUGUGAUGGAUGCAGUGGUUUCAGACUUUUGGACGGGUUUGUCUGAAUCACACAUCUGCUUCUAUGACUUCUUGUUACGGAUAUAUGUUCUUAAUAAUGUUGCUAAUCCGUUUAUCUACAGCUUUUGGGAUGUUAAAUUUCGACGUGAACUUAAGAAUUUCAUUUGUAAGCUUUUAAGGUUUAGUCCUAGAAGAACGAUUAACCUCGAUCGGCCAACUACACACUAGUAAAAAAACUGAGAAAUACAAAACAAACGCGAUUGAGUUAAAUAGUUUAAUGUAACGGGUGGUUGCAUUUCGUCUAUAAAUAAUACAGUUGGUUCUCAUAGAACUUUUGUUUUCCUGAUUUUGUACCUAUUGUGAUAAUUUGUUAAACGGUAAGCACUAUUUAUGUUGUUUUUUUCACUGUUGUGAUAAGCCUUUUAAUUAAAAUAAUGUUCAUAUUUUGAACUGUAUGUUUACAUUGUUUUGAUAAAAUGUCAAAGUUGAUGAAACAAAUGUUUGUUAAGUCUAAGACUUGACUAUAUAAUUUAAACGUUAAGCAUUAAGUGAGUAUAACAAAUAUUGUGAUGCAAAGACAACUAUUAUUCGUAAAAUGUAUAAUAUACAUACGAAAAAUAAGACAACGAUAACGUUAAAAUAAUGAUAAAAUAAGAACAAACCAUAAUAUGUUUAAAUGUUAUGUGGUUUGAUGAUCAUCGUUUUUCAUGCACAAUUCUAUAAUUGUAAUGAUUACCUUCACAUUUUCGUUUGAAGCAUUUUCAAGCUUUUUUGAAGUUUUGUGGAUGAAUUGUGCAUGAGUUUCACAUUAUUAGUUUAGACGUUAUAAUUCUCAAAUGAUAUACAUUAUUCCUAAUAUAACAUGUGCUUAUUUAUUCGUUGGUUUCAAACUCGUAUAAUUUUAUGUCUACUUACGGCCGAUAGUUGUUUUACCUGCCAAGUUUUGUGAAGGCCUUUACCCCCAUGUAGAAUGUGCUGUCAGAUAAAUACAUUUGAGCGAUAGUGUAUGCCUGAAAAUGUAUUUGUCUUUAAAGUAGUUGUCUGUGUUAUAACUUUAUUACAUCGACAUUCUCGCAUACUACACAAAAAAGCUAACUUUGGCCUCGACCACAUUGAAUCACAUUGCAUAUGAUACCUUAAUCGGCUUAGUAAAUUAUAUAAUUGCUACAAGUUGUAAAUGCUUUAAUCUUACGUUAUUUUUUUCAAAACUUGCUGUUAUAUAUAUCUAUAUUUAGUGUGUUGUCUAUUUCUUUUAAUUGAGACAUGCCUUCUGAUCGCGUGUUCAUAUUAUUCAUUUGUAUUGUUUUAUCGGAAUAACUCUACUAUUUGUUUGACGUUUAUUCAGGUUAUGCAUUAACAUAUCUGGUAAUCCAUGUAUCUAAAUCGUUAAGAAUGUUUUGAAGUGAAAAAUAAUCCGUAACAAUUGAUCUUUGUCACACUUCUACAAGACAGUCACGUAAUAAUGAAAUAGUAAUACUGGCAUGUAUAGACACGAAGACAAAUAUCGUUCGUUUUUUUACAGGGUACGGUAAAGUGUUUUAUUUGCUUCAUGAAUUAAAGAAAGGUUUCACUAUCACUAGUUUAUAAGGUUUGAUAUGUUACGCUAUAAAUUAAUGACUGUUAUAUGCCAUAUAUGUAAUGUCUGCUAUCCUAUCACUUCAUUUUAAUUAAACAACAAACCUUGGUAUAAACAAAGCUGUUGUUAUUAUAUUUUGUUAAAAAUUCGCUUGUUUUGAUAUAUUUAUAUUUAAGUUUAUUAC